GGAAUGACGGCACUAAUGUGGUCUGCUGCAGGUGGACAACUAGAGAUUACCCGAUUACUCCUGAACAGCGGUUGUAAACCAGAUAUCACAGAUAAAGGUGGCGAGACAGCUUUACAUUGGGCUGCUAGGAGGGGAUAUCUACAGACAACAAUAUGUCUUGUUGAACAAGGAGGCGCAAGUCCCUUGGUCAAAACACACGAGGGUCGGACUCCUUAUGACCUAGCAGCAGAUAUGAAAAAGGGGAAUUAUAAAGAAGUGAUGGAAUACCUACAGGUAAUAUCAUAUCCCAUGUUGACCAAACUCGGGCAGUUAAAUAGAAAAGACUUUCAGGAACUUGUAGCUCUGGGAACAUUUGCUUCCUAUGAAAAUAUGGUGUAUUUGGCUGGGCCUUGUAAUAUUGGGAAAUCGUCGCUUGCAAGUAUUCUUAUAUGCGAGGAAAUUCCAAAGACAUGGUUAUCAACUGAUGGACUAAUUAUUCAUUUCGGAAGAAAUGGCAUCGACCUACAACAACGAAAGAUGAUUCCAUUGAAAAAAGGUAGUGUUGAUGUUUUAUCAAAACUACUUCUUGGGAAUCCAGAAUUCAAGAAACAACCAAGUCUGCCAGGCGAGAGUCAAGAGGAAAUGUCAGGUGAUCCAAAUUCUGAAGUUACAACAAAGGCAAAUUCACCAAAAACGAGUCUUUAUCCUUCAAAUCAAGAACACCUGUCACCGAAAUCACAUCAGGAGACACCAAAAGACUUCCAAGAACCACCAAUGUAUAAUGCCCGUUCCAUACAAGAUAACUUAUUGGAGAAGAUUAUUAAAGGUACUAACAUCAUGCGUAUCGCACCAUCAGAUCUGGUUGAUUUUGGUGGACAAAAAUCGUUUGAUAUGACUCAUCAGUUAUUUAUCCAGCACAGGGGGACGUUCAUUCUGAUGUUUGAUGGACGUAAAGGUCUUGAUACAGAACUAGAAGAAUAUCCACAAGGAGAUGUAACAGCAGCAUCUGUUCUGGAACAUUGGAUAAAUUCUGUAUUGACCUACUGUAACAAAACUGAAGAUGAAAUGCCAAGAAUUGUAUUUGCUGCCACUCAUAGUGAUAGCUUCUCUGAGGACGAGAAAAAGAUACUAGCUCUUAAAUUCAGUGAAGAACUGCGGGAUUUUUUUUUCUACACACAACCUUCAUAAGCAUAUCAUGUAUGACAC